AUGAAGCUGGAGCUUUGGGAAGGGAAGGUCAAAGAUGGAAAUCUUAGCAUGUUUGAACACCUUGGUGAGGCACUUGAUAAAAGUCAAAACACUGGAAAACAAGAUGUGAUGCAACUUGUGCAAUCACAUCUAGCUUCUCUGCGGAUGGAGCUGCAGUCUUACUUCCCCGAAUUGAGUGAAUUGGAAUCAAAAUUGAUUAGAAACCCUUUCAUUGUGAAUGUGCACCUUCUCCCAGAUAACAUGCAAGAGGAGUUCUUAGAGUUGGUGAACGACUCUGUUGCAAAAGAUGCAUUUGAAACACUUUCCCUAACCAAAUUCUGGGCUAAAAUGAUCCUUGGAAGCCUCAGAGAAAGGCAGGGAGACCUGACCACCGUCUCUGCUCCUCUGUGGUGCACCAGUGACAGGAACAGAGACUGA